AUGCUCUACGGUCUUAACCACGUCUAUCUAAGCAGUUCGUCUGCGACUUUCUGUAAACUACUAAUUUAUUUACCACAUAUUGGUCUUCAAAUGACACGGAUCUUUCUGAUUUUGGCCUGUUUUGAUCGUUACGCUCUGAGUUCACCCAGUGUCACUAUCCGUAACUUUAGUCAAGUAUCAGUCGCCCGUCGAACUGUACCGAUCGUGAUUGUCAUCGUGUCGCUUGCUAUUCCGAUUCUCAUGCUUUUCUUGUCGAUCUUGACGUUUUACAAUCUGAAAAAUCGUCGAAAUCAACGCCGUCAACUUCGACAACGACCAUUAGAUAAACAGGCAAAAAAGCGACCAGAAGGUUAUGUUUGUCUUGAUGAUUAUAUCGUCAACAUUCAACGUAGGAUUCACUGCGGCAAAACAAAUUUCCCGGAAAACGCUAUACCGCAUCCAAUCAAGAUACAGGAAAAAAUCUGUGUUAUAAAGAGAAGGGAAUCAGACGCAUCUUUGUGA